AUGGCGGACGGUAAGGCAAUUGCGGUGCUGGGCGUGGGCGCCAUCCUGGCCCUCAUCUUCGGCGUGCUGAGCGUCAUCAACAUCGGCCUCUACGCCGGCGCCGGCGACCUCGACGCUGACUUCAGCGACGCGCCGGACAACUGCAAGCUCCCGUGUCGCGAGCGCACCAGCGUGCUCGGCAUCGUCGCCGGCUCCCUGGGUCUCGUCGCCGCCGGCGCCACCGUGGCCCUGCUCGCUCUGGGCCUGCUUGAGUCCUCCACCCGUGCCGUGAACCUGCUCGCCAAGGGGGUCCUGCUCGCCACCCUCUUCAUCGUGAGCGUGUUCCAGAUUACCGCGUGGGCGCUCAUGGCCCGUGACAUCGACAAGUUCCUGGACACGUACGGCUCCGCGGCGUGCGACGUGUCGCCCCACCUGUGGAACGCCGCGCUCGCGUUCGGCCUCUUCGCGUUCAUCGCCGUGAGCCUGCUCUUCCUGGUGGUGGCCGGCGGCCUCGUGUUGGACUUCAUGUCGAGCGACGGCGGCUCGAGUGGCGGCGGCGGUGGCGGAGGCGGUCGGGGCGGGUCGUACUACGGCGACCACGUCAACCAGUCGCGAGCCGAGCAGCAGGAGGCCCAGCAGGGGCAGCAGCAGGAGCAGCAGCAGGAGCACUACCAGUAG